CCGCGCCAACGCGGCCAGCACUGGAAAUAACCCAACCCAACCCAACCCUCUCCCCCGCGGGCACGGCCACGGCCGACGUCGCUGUCGCGUGCGGGAACGCGUACGCCGCCCGCCUCCUCCCGCGAUAAAAACCCACCCCCCUCCCACCCUCCGUCCCCGCCUCGCCUUCCUUCCCCUCCCCCCUCCUCCGCCCCAUUUCCCCAAAGCCUCCCCCGGCCUCCGAGGAGACCAGGCCGCCGUGCCCACGCGCGCCGGAUCGAUCGUCCAGCUACUAGCGUCUCUCUCUUCCGGCUCGUAUAGGCGUCAUGGCGCAGCGGGACAAGAAGGUGGAGGAGCCGACGGAAGUGCACCUGCACGCCGCGGAGAUCACGCUCUGCGCCAACAGCUGCGGCUUCCCGGGCAACCCGGCCACCAAGAACCUCUGCCAGAACUGCUUCCUGGCGUCUUCCUCCUCGCCGCCGUCCCCUUCCUCGUCGCCCCCGGCGUUCCCGCUCUUCGACAAGCCGAGGCCGGCCGCCGCCGCGUCGCCCGCGCUGCAGGCGCCGCCCGUCUACAUGGCCGUCGACCGGCCGGCGGACCCCAAGGCGUCCAAGUCCUCGGUGAACCGCUGCCACAACUGCCGGAAGCGCGUGGGCCUGACGGGGUUCCGCUGCCGGUGCGGCGAGAUGUUCUGCGGCGCGCACCGGUACUCGGACCGGCACGACUGCAGCUACGACUACAAGUCGGCGGCCAGGGACGCCAUCGCCCGGGAGAACCCCGUCGUGCGCGCCGCCAAGAUCGUUAGGUUCUGAUCGUCGGCAGGAUGCUAUCCGGCGAAAUCUCAAGCACAACCCACUCUUUUUCUUUCUUCCCUUUGAUGAAAAAUUAAAGCCGUUCCCGAGAGUUUCUUAAAAGGUGAAAAAAAGGAGGGGGAGGUGAAAGAUGGCGACGGUGCAGCCACGACCAAGGAAGGAACAGUGCGAUGAUAAAAGGUUGUUGUUGUAGCGGUGGUUGGCGGUGGAGGAGAGGAGAUGAGGAAGAUGGGGUUGGUGUGUACUGUUGUCCCACAAUCUCUAUUUAAUUCAAAUUUCCCUAUUGUAUAAA